UUUGCAUUGGUACAAGCUACAUUGGUCGUCGGUGUGACUCGUUUUGUUUGUGAUUGUGCUCAUAUCGUAUUCUCUUGCUCACUCGCCACUUUCUCUCUUUGCCUAGAACUGUGAGGACAGCAUUUUUUAGCUGUGAAGUCUAGCUAGCUUAGUUAGCUUCGCUCACUAAGGGGUGGUACUACUGUACUAUGGUGAAGUAGAAUUGCUCACUAAGGUAAGGCAUGACUGUACAUGUCGACAACUCGUAGAUCGCUUUAACAGUUUCCAGUGGUGUCUGAGCGUGUCUAUUUUCGUCUCUAACCUCAAUCAUGGCAGUGGGUAAAAAUAAGGGACUGUCGAAAGGAGGUAAAAAGGGAGUGAAGAAGAAGAUCGUUGAUCCUUUCACCCGUAAGGAUUGGUAUGAUGUUAAGGCACCGUCUAUGUUCACCAACCGUCAUAUUGGCAAAACGUUGGUUAACAGAACCCAAGGAACAAAGAUCGCAUCUGAAGGUCUGAAAUACAGAGUAUUUGAAGUCUCUUUGGCUGACCUGCAAAAUGAUGGAGAUGCAGAGAGAUCUUUCCGUAAAUUCAGAUUGAUCGCAGAAGAUGUUCAACAUCGUAAUGUGUUAACUAAUUUCCACGGUAUGGACUUGACCACUGACAAAUUGAGGUCUAUGGUUAAGAAAUGGCAAACUCUGAUCGAAGCUAAUGUUGAUGUUAAAACUACUGAUGGCUACCUUCUCAGAGUUUUCUGCAUUGGUUUUACCAACAAAGAUCAGUUAAGCACAAGGAAGACAUGUUAUGCUCAACACGCACAAGUUAAGAAAAUUAGGCAAAAGAUGGUAGACACAAUCACCAAUGAUGUUACAAAGAGUGAUUUAAAGGGUGUUGUCAGUAAACUUCUACCAGAUGCUACAGCCAAAGACAUUGAGAAGGCUUCACAAGGAAUUUAUCCACUUCAUGAUGUUUAUAUUCGCAAAGUGAAAGUAUUGAAGAAACCACGAUUUGAACUAAGCAAACUGUUGGAACUUCAUGGGGACAGUGCAGGGAGCAAGACUGAGGAAGUAGGCGAAAGUGGCUCAAAGGUCGAUAGACCAGAAGGCUAUGAACCACCAGUACAGGAAUCUGUUUAAGGGAGUAAUCCUAUUUCGAGAUUUAAUUCUUGGUUCUUCUUGGUUGGUAUGAAAUGUUACCAUAUUCUUGAAGUAAUGGACACAAUCCUAAUAAAAAAUGACAAAAAUCUUUCCUAAUCCCAAACCACCCUGAAAUUAAUUAAGUUGAAUGAUUAUUGCUAAUUAACAUUACUUCAAAUUUUAAGUGAAAUGAAAUUAAUCUUUCUUACAUCUGUUUCCACCUUUUGCAUCAAAAUACGUAAAAAUAAGUGUUAUAUGAGAUAUUAAAAGCGGCAUAGCUGCUGCAGUAUAAUUCAAUGAAAUAUUUUCAUCUAAUUUAUUUGCUAAUAACAUCUGUAAUAAGUAAAUGCGAAAUAUUAUGAUACGAUUAUAGGUAGAUUUAAACUGUUUAUAAAAUCAUCUAGAAGCGCUAAUUUAUAACGAAAAACGAAAUCUCAUCGCGCACUUAACGAUAAAUAUUUCUGUAAAUACUGUUUUUGUAAAUAAAUAAUGUUCCUUUUUUUA